AGCGAAUCGCGAGCAGGUCUAGCUCGCUGCCGAGCUGCCAUGCCCGAGAGCACGCUCGGUCAACAAUAGUUCUGGACUAGUGUACUGUGAACUUCGACUGCGCUGGACCCGAAUCACGCGCGAAGAUCAGUCUGAUCUGUUCACGUUUUAACCGGGGUUCGUCGAAUUCGGCGCGUUGCGCUCUCAGUGAACAAGUAGAUCCGAGGCUAGUGACAACCAAAUCAGUGUGUGCAGUCCACAAUGACCUUUCUUGAGUCAUCCGCGGGCAGUUCAACAAGCCCAACGUAACCAGUGAGCCAAGCCGACGGGCUUGAAAGUAGCACUUUGGCGGGAAGAGAGCUGCGAAAAAGCAGGAAUUCCGCGAUUUCGUGCGAUUGUGCAAAAGUGUGAAGUUGCGACUGAAGAGCGCAGUGAAGAUCUGCGCAAAGUUUUGGCGUUGAGCGAGAAGAGCCAGGAAGCAAGAAGCCGCUUGCAGCGAACGAGCAAAAGUGAAAUUAAUUGAUUUUGUACCGUAUUAUUUGGGGUGCGGCAAACGGUUUCGCACAUUAAGACCCCCCACCCCCUCACUCCGUCAACCAGUGUUUGAUUGUGAUAUUUUUUACUCACCGAAUGCCAGCAUUACCAUUAACCAUCAACGUCAAUGAAUGUUGUUGAGGCCGAUUAGAGGCAGUGUGGCCAAUUACAACUCGAAAGCACCGCCGCCGAGUUAGAUAACAAAGUGCAUCGUGAUUUCUCGUGAAGCCCUCGCGAGAGUGACCUGAGAGGAGCCACUCGGUUUUAAGGAAGAAAAAAAGAAAGUGCGCGGGAGUCUGUGAAGUGUGAAAUAAAUUCGGAUGUUUUCUAACGAGAUCAGAGCAUCGCCAGUUGGUGGUGUGUAAUUAACAGGCGUUGUGACGUCGUGUGCACCACUUUCGAAUCAGCCAGGGGGUCAAUCUCGCUGACUACGACACAUCGUAGAGGCGUCUAAGAGUGGUGUUGGUGGUGAGGCGCUGCAGUACGUAAGAGCGAGGUGUCCGCUGUGCAGUUACCCAGUGCGCCAAAAAAGGCCGGCCAAAGCUUGUCAAAGUUUGGACGUUCGAGCCUUUCAACCGUAUUGUGCAACCAGUCAACCAUUCCGACAAUCGGACCCAGCCCCAUAACAUCCGUACCAAUGGUGAGGUAGCGCACGGUGUGAAAGGUUUCCUGGUCCAGAACCUUCCCACAUACACCUCCCCCACGUGACUUGACCUACCGUUAGGGCACCGCAGUUCCCCGAUCCUCGUAUCCUUAUCCCAGCAUCCCCCGGAAGGAGAGUUCCCUCUUGUGCGGGUCACCAGGUGACACGGCUUAGGAGGGGGACCAUCGUUUUUUUUGGUUGGCACAGAGUUCGAACGUUGAGGGGCGGCCACGCGCAGUGCCACCGAGGUAACACCCUCAAGAAGCGCCGAAGCUAUGUUAAACUGUACGGACCUUGCCUGCGUGCUGCACCAUCACCACUUUUACGCGCAUCUGCACCACCUGAAGCAUCACCUGCAGGAUGACCACGACCACCAUGGGCAUGGACACCACGAGAGCCACGACCACCAUGAUUCAGCUGGUGGAGACGGGAGUGACGUAGACUCGAACAACAUACAGGAUCUACUCAAUGAUACCGAUUCAGAACUUUCCUCCCUAUCGCAUGUUGAUGCUCCCAACGAUGUCCUGUAUAUGGUUUGUGGAGUUGUCAUUGCCAUGCUCCUCGUGGGCCUCAUCAUAGUUUUAGUAGCAGUCACAAUCAGCAAACUGAGAAAGCGCGAAGAGUCGUCCGUGAGUCCGGUGACGGCGACCAACGUGGAAGCGGCGACGCAACCGUCCCACUAUCACCAAAACAACAACAACAGUAGCAGUAACAAUCAUCACCACAACCACCAUAGUAGUAGUAACAACCACCAGCAGCAACACCACCAACAGCUGGAGAACGGCUACUCCGUUCCGACCCCGGUGGCCUUCCGACAGAGCCCGUCCAGUGUGUGGGUGUUUCCUCCGCUACCACCGCAGCCUAACCUGUACAGCUACAACGCCAACAGCCAAGAUGCGUUAGUACACAACGACAAGACCGGCUUCAAGGGACUGAAGCGGCAGCUGUCCGGGCGCUUCAAGCGACUGGUGUCGCGGAAAUCGCACGAGCCCGCCCCGGCGAUACCGCCCGAGCUGAAGCCCCAGCUGAAGACCAUCUACGUUUACUAAUAAUGAUAAUUUUACUUGCAAAACAAACAAGCAAACUGCAAAUCCUAGAAGUGAGGUCAGCUCAGCAUGUCAGGGUGCCUAAUUUCGCGCGUCGAAUCGUGUUUUUUCCUUUCUUCCUUUUCGUGUUUUUAGAGUUUAGAGGAAUUGACGCUUAUGAUUAGGAAACUUUCGGUCCGCAAGGAUUCAUAGUGAGAGCACAAGUUUUGUUUAUUUUGGCCGUGCCGAAGGGCAACGUUUUAUUUAUUCCUAUUUUCCAAGAUUUCGUAUUUGACCGAGAGGAAGAGAGCAUUGAUAUUAAACUUUUUCGAAAAUUAAACUCCCGUCUCAUUUGUUUUGCAUCCCAUCCGGAACGAACGUAACCAGAAACACAAUAAUUAGAUAUUGAUCCGCCAUUCCAGUUCACGCUAUGACGUGUAAUCAAUGAAAGAGUACUGUUGGUAGUUUUCGAAGAAGUAUUUUUGUUCUGUUCAGUUAGGAUAGCCCAGAGGAAAGGAAGAUGAAAAAGAAAGUAAUUAUUAUUAUUAGUAAGCAUAGAAGAAGACUGACACAAAUACACACAUACACUCACACUUAAACACGCACACACUUGUUAGGCAUGCGGUUAGCCAAGUGGCAACACACACAGACACACACACACACACACUCACACAGACAGGGUACUUCAAGGGAGGCGGAGAAGAGGGAAUUAAGUUAGGGAAUAGAUUCGCGUAUUUGUACAGAUGCUGCUGCUGCUGGAUCAUUAAGUCGCAUUCUGCCACUCUGAAUCGAAGCGCUUUCAGAGACUUUGGCGACGAGUGCGUCUCACUUUCACGUAUUUCUAAUCGUUCAGGAUCUGCUCGUUUUAUUCUGUUCGUGCAAACAGCCAAGUAUUUAGUCGUUGUAAAAGCAAUAAGGCACACGCUAAAAAAGUAAAUCGGAAGCUUACAGCAGCGGAUAGAAAGAGCGAGUGAGUUAGCAUAAACCUUAGCCAAGUAGCACGCAGGACAAAUAUUUAUUUCUUAGCUCAACAAAAUGUCCCCUCCCAGCGAAUUGUGGUGGAUAGAUUUCGUUACAAACCGAGAGCUGCAUUCUAUGGUGGUUUAGAUAGAUAGAGCGUUCCGCUUAAAAAACGCACAAAACCCCACUGGAACCAAUCAGGCCAACCUAGAAGCAAAAA